GUGGGUUGUAUUUUAGCAUGCAUAAACUCAAGUUUUUAGCGGCAGCAGCAGCAAGCACUGCAGCAGCACUGUACGAGUACUAGUACCAGCACUGCAACAGGCACAUCGGGGCCAAUCACCACCCCUCGUUAUCGCCCCCCCAUCCAUCCUUCCUUCCAUCCAUCGAAGCAAGCAACGCAGGCAAAGCAAAGCAACACUUCACUUCGGGCACUGACUGAGUUGCAUUCUUCUUUGCUUUCCCCCCUCCCUCCGCCCCACCACCAUCACCACCACCACCACCACCACCACCGCCACCGCACCGAACUCACCAACCACGAAUAGGACCACGAACAGGAACACGAACAGGAACACGAGAAUGACUCGGUCCAAGUCGCGAAAGGAGAAAUUGGCCAAGAUGGCGGAAGCGCAGGCGGAGCGGAGCGGCAGCGAGACUGCGGCGUCUGGGGCGGCGGCGGCGGGGGAAAAGAACACGCCCGCGGCGGCGGCAAAGGACGGCGGCGGCGGCAAAGAGAAAGAGAAAGAAGCGGUCAGCGCGCUUAUCAUAUGCCGCAACAAGCAUUGGCGGUACAUCAGUUCGUUCCACGGGCCGUGGCUGCAGCUGCCGCCGGAAGUCCUCGAGUCGCUCGCGUACAGCAACUUCGCCGCGCCGCGGCCGCGGCCCAUCGAUCCCGCCGUGUUCUUCGAUCUCGUCAAGAUCCGCCGCCACGUCGACGAGGCGACGACGCUGGCCGUGCGCGCCGCAAGCGGCGUCGCUAGCUCCCUAUCCCCCAAGGAUCAUCAUCUGCUACUGGGCAUUGGCGGAGCCCCCGCACCAAGGCUGAGUAGGGAGCGGAAGUAUCGCAUGCGGGAGCUCGCCACGCAGAAACUCGCGAAGGCGUACAAGCUCGAUGAGAUUGCGGCGAGCGUGGCGACGAUGCAGAGCGCGAGCUCGCUGGAGGACGUGGCGAGUCUGGUGCUGGCUAGGGAGCCGGGGAAUGCUGAUGCGAAGUAUGUGCAUUUCUUCCACGAGAAGAUCCCGAGUCGCAUGCUGGCCAAGUGCACGAGUCUGGCACCGCUGGACCAUGUCAUCUCCGAGCGGCCGGCGGAGGGCGCGCCCAUGCGCACGCGCGCGGUGACGCGGGUCUUUAAGGAUGACUUUUUGGGCGCCGCGGCGGACCUGACGAAAGCGCUGGCGCUGGGGGAGCGGCGGCACGAUGUCGUCCCCGUCGUCGAGCGCGGCGGGAGGAUGGCUGAUGAGGAAAUGCCUAGUUCGCUCGAGGGCCAGCUACUGUUCCACCGCGCGGGGACAUGGCUGAGCGUUGCGUGCCAGAGCGUGGAAACGGUGCUCGCCACCACCACCGAGGCGGAGCCGCGGAAACUCGUGCGCACCUACGCAAAGCGCGCCUUACGCGACUACUCGCGCUUCCUCUCGGGCUUCGAGUACACCCCCGGGGCGCCGACGUCCACCGCACUGAUCCCGAUCUCGAACGCUUCCUCGUCGUCGAUCUCGUCGUCGUCCUCCACCACCUCCUCCUCCUCCAAAGCCGGCACCGACGUCCCCAUCCACGCCAUCGCGGCGCUCUUCCAGUCCCCGCCGUUCACGCUCCCCCCGCCCUCGGACGCCGAAGCACUAACGUACCACCCUUUGCUGACCGACGCGCUCUACAGCACGCUGAUCUGCCACCUGUUACUCGCCACGCCUCACAAGGAGCUGGGCCGCUACGUCGGCAUGGUCACGCGGCUGACACGGAUCGCGGACGGAUACCCGGUGUUCCUGGCUGCGCGCUCCCCCGCCCGCGCGGACUGGGGCGAGGUCGUGAAGCGCUGCACCCUUGAGUUCGAGGAGACCGCGGGGAAUCCGCCGGAGUCGGGCGGUAUGGGGCAUGGCGAAUAUCCUGUCUCGACGGAGCGCGCGGGGUUGGUUACGAGGUGGGUUGCUGAGGGAUUGGGGGGUGUUGUGCCUGGCGCAAAUGGCAAUGGCAGGAGGAGGAGGAAGCAGAAGGGGGAGGGGGAGAGUGAGAUUGAGGCGGGGACGGGGGCAGGGUCGGGGGCGGGGGUAGUGGGGGAAUAG